AUGGCACCGCGCGCCUCUCCGCACAGCGACGACGAGCGCGAUACCUACGUCACGCAGCCUACGCAAAUCCUUGGGGAGCGCUCGCCCUUCUUUGCGGCGCCGUCUGAUACCACGCAGCCCACGCUCAUAGUCACGCCGCGCGCGCACCCAGUCCAAGCCACGGCUUCUUCGUCGCAAUUACAAGUCCCGCGUUCGUCGCCCGCCCCUCAGCGCGACUCGUCGCCUGUCAUGUCGCCGCCGUCGCAGUCGCAACGCCCAUACGGGGGCUACAGCAACCCAAUGGCACCGCCUGGCACAGGCUUCUUCCCCCCACAAGCAGUCCGCAAACCAGUCGUCGACCUCACCUCGGACGACCCACCUGUUGAGCGCGACCCAGACGAAGACGAAUCGGAGUAUAGGUCUAAUAUACCCUUGUCCAAGAUCGAAAUGGCAUCCAUGACAUCGAGGAUCGAAGAGACACCGCAGAAGCCGACCUGGGAUCUUUCGAGUUAUAAGUACGGCAGCGACCAGUCGCGUAAACGACCAGCGGAACGAUUCGAGUCGAGUACACCACCUAAGCGGCAGAAACCUAUGCAGCCGCAAGGGGGGCCUUCACGCGCUAUACCUAUAGACUUGACCGAAGACAAGGAGAUGACCAUGGAGGAUAUCCACGACUUGAGCACGUAUACCAAAGUCAAGCGAUUACAAGCUAUAUACCCGAACCGCUCUGUCAAGCAAAUUCACGAUGCUUUGACAAAGCGAAAAGGCAACUUCAACGACGCCUCCGAGUAUCUGGCGGAACAAGAGUCUGAGGACGAGCUGCUGCGGUCUCCUCCUCGCCCAGGAGUAGCCCGUACAGCAUCAAAUCCAGUUGUAAAGAAGACGGCACAACGCGGUCUUAAGCAGCCUGUACAAUCGCUGCAGAACAAGUACUCGAAGUUAGGCGCGACUCAGAACAGCCCAGUCACGAUCGAUAGCCCUGAGAAGGAACCACCGAAAGCCAAACGUCGACUCAAGAGCGGAAAGGAUCGCAAGAAAGUCGUCUUCUCGCCCUCCCCCGAACCCGCACCCGUACGACCGCAACAGAAAACAAAGAAGGAGGCGGCGAUCGUUGUCUCCUCUGACGAGGACGAGGGUAUUGCUGCGGAUCUCAUGAUCGACGACGAUUCGGAAGCAGGUGGUUCGGUUGUGGAGAACAGCUUUGACGAUAGUAAAUUGUUGAACCUCUUCAACACUUGUACAGUGGAGGAGUUGAUCGACUUAUCUAGUCACAAAGAAGAGGACAUUAAGGAGAUCUUCAAGCACCGCCCAUUCAAGUCUCUUGAUGCUAUUCGCAAGGUCCAUGUGGAUCUCACGCCAGUAGAGAAGGGCAAGAAGAAGUCUCGCAAGCCACGUAUAACAACCGGACAGCGACUUGUGGAAUCUACCGAGGCCAUGUGGAAUGCAUACAACACCAUCGACUCGGUCGUUCAGCAAUGUGAGGCUCUAGGCAAGCCGAUGGUUGCGGGCAUGGCAAAAUGGGGCAUUGAUAUCUUUGGUGCUUCUACAGAGGAUGGAGUCGAGAUUACAAGUCUCGAUGAUGCUAGCGACACGAACUCUUCUCGCGACUCAGGUUAUCAUACCCCUCGGAGCCCGAAUGGCAGCGAUACGGAGCCUAACAGCAUACGAAAAGCGGCCACUCGUACGAAGCUUUUGACACAGCCUGCGAUCAUGAACGAUGAUAUUGAACUCAAGGACUACCAGGUUGUAGGUCUUAAUUGGCUGAACCUCUUAUGGAAGACUAAAACCUCGGGUAUUCUGGCCGACGAUAUGGGUCUGGGAAAGACAUGCCAGAUCAUCGCUUUCCUGUCGCACCUCAAAGAAGAAGGCGUCGGAAAGCCUGCGCUUAUCGUUGUGCCUGGAUCUACACUAGAGAACUGGUGUCGUGAGUUUGAGCGCUUCUCCAACACGAUCAACUUUACGCCCUACUAUGGAUCACAGGCGGAGCGGUUCUCUCACCAGGAGAGCAUUCUCCAAAACAUCCGCCAGGGAACGUGCGAUGUGAUCAUUACGACAUACGACCUUACCUUUAGAAAGGACGACUCUUCGUUCUUGAGAAAAUGCAGGCCUGAGAUCUGCAUCUUUGACGAAGGGCAUAUGCUCAAAAACGCCAACACGAUCCGGUACAAGAGCUUGAUGAAGAUUCCUACGACUUGUAGAAUUCUGUUGACAGGAACGCCACUUCAGAACAGUCUUCAGGAGCUCAUGUCGAUCCUGGGUUUCCUCAUGCCGCAAGUUUUCUAUGGCGACCAGCAGGAAGAGGUUCAGGAGAUGCUGCAGAUUUUGUUCAAGCACAAAGCCAAGACUAUGGAGAGCGACUCGCAUAGCUCUCUGCUUUCUGCUCAACGUAUCCAACGCGCUCGUACGAUGCUGACACCGUUUAUCCUCCGACGAAAGAAGGCUCAAGUGCUCAAGCAUCUGCCGAAGAAGACGUCCCGUGUCGAGUACUGCAAUCUUACCGAUACGCAAAAGACGCUUUACAACGAGCAGUUAGCCAAGCAGCGCAAGAUUCUUGAAGACCGAGCAGCAGGCAUACCCGUCAAGGACCAUGCCAACGUUAUGAUGAAGCUGCGACAAGCAGCCAUCCACCCCCUACUCUUCCGCCACCGGUACAACGACGACAAGAUCCGGAAGAUGUCAAAGGCGUGUCUCAAAGAAGACAUGUUCGCCGAAAGCAGCCCAGACAUCAUCUACGAAGAACUCCAGCUAUACCAAGACUACCAAUGCCACCAGCUCGCCUCCAAGUACCGCGCGCUCAAGAAAUUCGAGCUCCAAGACCAGGAAUGGAUGGACUCUGGCAAAGUCGCCGCGCUCCUCGCUUUGCUGAAAAAGUAUAAAGAGAACGGCGACCGCGCCCUAGUCUUCUCGCAAUUCACGUCCGUCAUGGACAUUCUCGGCUGGGUCUUUGACGACCACGACAUCAACUUCAUGCGCAUGGACGGCUCCACACCGAUCCAAGAACGCCAGUCCCUCAUGGACGUCUUCUACCAAGACGAAUCCAUCCAACUCUUCAUGAUCAGCACCAAGAGCGGUGGCGCAGGUAUCAAUCUUGCCUGCGCAAACAAAGUCAUCAUCUUCGACUCAAGCUUCAACCCCCAGGAUGACAUCCAAGCAGAGAACCGCGCGCAUCGCGUUGGUCAGACAAGGGAGGUCGAGGUCGUCAGACUAGUCACCAAGGGAACAGUCGAAGAGCAGAUCUACGCGCUUGGUGUCAGUAAACUGGAACUGGAUAAGAUGGUCCAGGGCGAGGAGAGUGAGGAGGGCGCCAAGGGCAAGGGCAAAGGGAAGAAGAAGGACGAGGUGGCCGGUGCGGCUGAUAGUCUGAGCAAAGCGGAGGAGGCGGGUAUUGCGGCUGUGGAGAAGAUGAUGAUGGCGCAGCUUAGUGCGCCGGCUGCAGAGGUGGAGAAGACGGCUGAGGCUGUGCAUGGUGAGGGGGAUGUUAAAGAGCAGUUUUUGAAUGGCUUGAAGAAGGCGGGUUUGGAUGUUGCUGCCUAA